GCCAGCCCAAGGAGCGAGGAGUGGGCUCGGUGAAUGGCGCAGGCGCAGCAGGGAAAGGGUUCCCCUGCUUUUAACAGCAGGCAGAUGACCAGCAGGUGAAGCUUCCUUUGUUCACACAGGAUGUGUACCUGUUGAAAGAGUUCUAGGUGGGGCGCCGUGACCCAUCCCAUCUAAUCAAGGUUCUGUUCUGACACCUGCCCUUUCAGCAUCCAGUUAAACCAUGGAAGCAGAAGAAGAGAUGGAAAAGAUCAAUAUUGUUGCAGAAAACCUCCAAGAAAGCGAGGGGGAAGAUCAGGGGGUGGAGCUGCCUGGGAUUGAGAAGGCCCCCCCAGGAACCUGGAAGCACAAAUGCGCUUCCUACGUGCUGGCCCUCCGGCCUUGGAGUUUCAGCGCCUCCCUCACACCUGUGGCUCUGGGCAGUGCCCUAGCUUAUCGCUCUCAGGGGACUCUAGAUCCUGGACUCCUGGUUGGCAGCGCAGUUACUGUCUUGGCUGUCCACGGGGCUGGGAACCUUGUUAAUACCUAUUAUGACUUCUCCAAAGGCAUUGACCACAAAAAGAGUGAUGACCGGACACUGGUGGACCGGAUCUUGGAGCCUCAAGAUGUUGUCAGAUUUGGAGUCUUCUUGUACACCCUUGGCUGCAUCUCGGCAGCCUGUAUCUAUUGCUUCUCCACCCUGAAAUUGGAGCAUCUGGCUCUUACCUACUUUGGAGGGCUCUCUAGCUCCUUCCUUUAUACUGGAGGCAUCGGAUUUAAGUAUGUGGCGCUGGGUGACUUGGUGAUCCUCAUCACCUUCGGGCCGCUGGCCGUGAUGUUCGCCUACACUGUCCAGGUGGGCUACCUCUCCGCCGUGCCCUUCCUCUACGCCAUCCCCCUGGCCCUCAGCACCGAGGCCAUCCUGCACAGCAACAACACGCGGGACAUGGAGUCCGACCGGCAGGCAGGCAUUGUCACGCUGGCCAUCCUCAUUGGCCCCACCCUUUCCUACAUCCUGUACAACACCCUCCUCUUCCUGCCGUACCUGAUCUUCUGCGUCCUCACCACCCGCUACACCAUCAGCAUGGCGCUGCCCUUACUCACCCUCCCGAUGGCCUUUUCGCUGGAGAGGCAGUUUCGGAGCCAAAGCUUUCUCAAGAUCCCCCAAAGGACAGCCAAACUCAACCUCCUCUUGGGACUCUUUUACGUCUUUGGCAUACUUCUGGCACCGCCAGGCUCACUACCCAAGCUUUAGCGUCCUGCCACGAUGACAGUUUGGAGCAGAUGGUUUGUUAGAGGUGACUAGGUGAGGAAGCCUGGGUCAUCUGCGGAAAGCGAAGAGGGGCUGCUCAGUUCUGGCCCUCCCGAGACUGGAAACCCAGGGGUUUCAUUGCAGCGAUUGUGGGUCAGCCCUGACGACUGGAAGAUGUUGCCCCGCCUGGGAACGGGCUAAUCCUGUAUGUGGGCCUCUAUAUACACCUCCUCGAAAGGGAUUAUCAUAUGACUAUAUAUAUGAAUUCACGAUGACUAUGUUACAGAACUUAAU